GGGGGGAAACAACCACAGUGCCCGUUGUCAAGGAGCUGCGUCCUUGGUUGCCAUCAUGUAAGUUACACAGACAGACUCAGGUGAAGUAGCUAGAAAAGUCCCAAUUCAACCGAAUUAUUUCUGACUUUUUUUAAACGACAAAAAAAGGCUGUCGUUGUUCAGGAGAGGUUGCUGCGAUGUGGGUUCGCACAUUUCCUUUCGACGUCUAUCUUCGCUCUGAAAAUGGUUAAAGGAGUUUGAACGGAGAACGGCCGCCGUUAGCUAAAAAGGACCCAACAAGCCGAGUUAGCAGCUAGCAGCUAGCUAGCUAGCAGCUUUGCAGCGGGCUAAACCUGCAUGUCUGCCCGGUGUCAACAAGGAUCACCAGCCUCGGAGGAUGCAUGUUGGUCAGGGCAACUUCUUCUUCCACUCAGACUCGAGGUUGGGAGCUGAUGGAGGCCUCGGAGAUGAGAGACAACUUCUGGUCGAAGAGCAGAAGUUAUGCAGAUCCCGAGCUCGCAAGUUCUCGCUGGAAACCAACCGACGCAGGAAGGCUCAGGAGGAGCGGCGGAAGCAGAGGGAUGUGCAGGAGCAACGGCUGAUAGAGAACAUCCUGAAGCAACGCAGACAGCGAGUACAGGAUGCUACCGAGCGCUUCCAGAGAGCCCAUUUACCGCCUUCUCAGAGACGUAGACAAUCUUUUAGAAGAAACGUCCCAAAUAUUGAAGAUGCACUCAAUGAACUUCAAGGCUCCUUCAGUUCCUACACCCGCCAGUCAUCUUUCUUGUCAAGCAAUUCUAACGUUAGCAGAAGCUGCUCUCCGUCCCCUAAGCCUCCCACCGUUUCUAAAUCCUCCCACCGCCAUGCCCUCUCUGCUGUGGAGGCCUACACCAAACUGCUGCAGGAGCAGAGCAGUCAAUCCUCUGAAAAGGCACAAGAGAAACGACCAGAUCACAGUCCACAGGACAGCCAACUGUCUGAUAGCUGUAAUUCUGAAAGCAUUUCUAGUAAGGACAGUUUGGAGAAUGAGGACCACAACCUCAGCACAAAAAAUCUACAGCAUUCUUAUUCAUCAUUCUCGCUUGACUCAGAGAAGCCCCAACCAGACCUGAGACAGCAAAAUGAUUUGUGUCCACCAUCAGACCUUAAUGCUUUCUCAGCGAUGAUGCUGCUUGCUGAUGACUUUCCACAAUCAAGGAAACUGCAUGAUCCAAAGCAGAAAACACCAAUGGAUUCGGAAGGGCCCAACAGUAAGAUGCACAUUCCCAAAGCUUCUUGGGGGUUCACAUCUGUUGAGAAAACACCUGAAACGGAGACACAGCUUGCUCCGCACAACUGCAACUUAUUAACUCUUUGUGAAAUGAUUAGUGCAGACCCAGAGCACUUUGAGGUGAACUCCUCACAAAACAAUCCCAACGACAAAAAUACUGUUACAAAUAUAGUUUCUACCAGCAACAUAGCACUCGAGUCUCCAUGUCCUAAGGAAGAGGCUCUGUUGGAUCUCAGGCAGAAGGGGGUGCAUGAUGACAAACAAUCAAAACAUCCAUCAGCUGCAGAAAUUCUUCUACGUGACAAAAAUGGCAACAGCGCAGACAAUUUGUUUGAGGCUCCCCCUUUUUUGAACAAUAGCACAACAGAUAAUGCCAUACAAGACGGGACUCUUCAGCAAACAGGAAGAGAAAAACACAAUCUGUCAUCCCUUAAGGAGCCUAGAACUUCCAUAAACAACCUCAAUAAGGUUUUAAACUCAGAGCCCAAACCUGAAAAGCCCAUUAAUGCAGCAUUGCUGCAACGCACAUGCUUAUCUAACAUUCAAUCAAACACUCCUAAGUGCCUUAAGUGUCCUGAGGAAGAAGUGCAAAAAAUGCCUGUUUCAGACAGGACAUCUCAUUCAGCAUGUGGUGUCCGAUUCAUUAAAGGAAUUCUUAAAAAGCAGUCCAAAUAUAUGUCAGGAGAUGAGCCAUACACAUGUGUGUAUGGCUCAGGACAUUUUAUUUUUGCAAAACAAGUAGCUUUAGCGAUUAGAGACAGUGUGGAAUUGACUAGGGCCAAAACUAAGGAUGCAGAGAGCAGCAGCUCUGUCAAAAAGAAGCUACGCUGGUUUGAUGAGGUACACAAGGGACAAGAGGACAGAGAACAGAACAUUAUGAAUCAGAUCAAAGGCAGGUCUUCCAUUCUCUCUCAGUCAGAUAACAGCUCUGAGGACCACCAGCUAAGUCUAGCCACAGUCUCAGGGGCUUCUAAGCUUGGACCCAGCUUGACCCCUCCGGCCUCUGCUGGUUAUCACUUUACAAAACAAGCGUGGGCAGAUGUUGGGGUUCAAGUCAGCUUGCCCCAAGAACGGUCAGACGAGGUCAAGGUGGCACAGAGUAGCACCCGGAUUGUUGGCCCUAACGUCCCUCGGAGAGAGCGCCCUUCCAGAGCUGCAGCGGCUCCUAUUUCCUCGCGGACUAGAAAGGGCACUGUCAUACGACCUCAAUCUGCCACCGAGGUGAGUCAGAUUGCCAAAACCCAAGGGAAGAUCAUGGCGCCCCGCCCACCUCCUCGGAUGGAUCCAUCGGUGAAGGACAAGACACUGUCCAUCACUAGGACUCCAUAUGGCGUGGACCAUGCUGGUGUCUGCUGUAAACAAGCUCUGGUUGCAGAGCAUGCCCUGCACAAGUCCAUCUCUGAAGACUUUCCCUCACCUUCCACACAUAAUGUAAUCAGAGCAGAUAGCAACGUUAUGUACACACCACUACCACCCUCGUAUGCCUACCCCGUGUCAAAGAGCAACAUGAAGGCCGCGCCCAGCACAGGUCAUCAGGAUGCUCAGGGCUGCAGCAGACUAAGAGGGAUGGUGUACAAUGAUAAAGGCCUCUGUUUAGAUUGCACUCCCACAGAUGAGGAGAUCUCGCAGCUCUGGCUCGGUGUCCGCACUGCCUUAGCCACCAAUGAAGCAAAAGCCAUGCUUAGGAGACAGGCGGCGGACAGUGGGCGGGUCGGGAGGAAAGCCUGCGUGGAUCAGAGCAGACAGCCUCCUGGCUCCGUGACUAGAAGGCUUCCUCAGCCCGCUCAGCCAACAAAACAGUCCACAGAGCCAGUCACACCGUUUUCCAAUACUUACUACAUGGCCUGUCCAGAUCAAGGUUUGGUGAGUGCAGCCCAGUUACACCUGGCUGAAGUACAUGCUGGAGGCCCACCGCAAGACAUGGAUAUUGUGGCUGCCAUGGAAACAGCCCAAACACAGAGGCCUGGCACGGUGCAGCAGCGCAGCCAACAACAGGGACUCACUACCAUUUCCAUGGAGGAGCAGAAAAUCCUCCUCUCUCUGGACAGACUCAACCACCAGCUGUACUGUGUGCGGGAACAUGUGGGGGGUAAUGCUGGCACGCGUGGACUCGUACUUAUUGAUGCAUCCUCUACAAAGGAAGUGAAAGGCACAAACCAUCACAAGCUUCGAGCGUCCUCGGCUAACAACCGCUCUCGGUGCCAGAAGAGAUUGUGACUUACAGCGUGUGGUCCACGGUGUUCUUCUCUCCCAUCAGUGCAUUAUACUGGUCCUGUCAUCCGGUCUAAGCAAAGACUGUGUUGCCCUGUAAAGUUCAGUCUCAUUUCUAACUAAACACGCCUGCUUGAGUAUCUUCAAGAUCUAAAAGAUCAGCAGCAACAGACUGUAGAGGCAAUAAAGCAGCAUCGUUAGACCAGGUUGGUGAGUGGAAGUUAGUUUUGUAUUAUCUCCCUUUGCUUGGAAACAAAAACACAUGUUUAGCUUUUGUUGAGCCACUUACGAUCAAAGUGCCUCUGAAAAGGAUUCUGGUUUCAUUUUGGUUUUCAUUCACAAAU